AUAAAUAACGAUUUAAAUAUACAUCAGUAGUAUUUUAAAUAAUUCAUCAUCUUAUCAGUCAAUGAUUCAUGGCGAUUCAUGGUUACAUGGUAUACGUAAUAUUUCCAUUACUGUGUUCUACAAUCACUUAUGUUUAUCUAAUCGUGUUGUGUCCAUAUUCUACAUCAUAAUUUCAUGCAAGCGAUAGCGUUUGUUGAUAUUUUUUGCUUUUAUACUGUAAAAUUAACAAACUGUCAAAACGUACAUCGUAGAGAUGGGAACAUUGGAAUUAAAACAAACCUUGACUGGUCAUAGGGGAAGGGUGUGGAAUGUUUGUUGGCAUCCGAAUGGUACUUGCCUUGCAUCUUGUGGUGAAGACAAAACAAUUAUAAUAUGGGGACAACAAGAUUCAAAAUGGGUUGUGAAAACCAUCCUUAUGGAAGGUCAUACUAGAACUAUUAGGGAGAUAGCAUGGUCCCCUUGUGGAAAUUACAUAGCUUCUGCUAGUUUUGAUUCGACCACUGCUGUGUGGGACAAUAAGUCGGGUCAGUUUGAAUGUAAUGCAACAUUAGAAGGACAUGAGAACGAAGUGAAGAGUGUUAGUUGGUCUUGUAGUGGUCAUUUGUUGGCUACUUGUAGUCGUGAUAAAUCUGUUUGGAUAUGGGAGGUAAAUGAUGAUGAAUAUGAAUGUGCUGCUGUUAUUAAUGCUCAUACUCAAGAUGUGAAGAAGAUAAGGUGGCAUCCUAAUGAAGAAGUUGUUGCAUCUGCUAGUUAUGACAAUACAGUAAGGAUAUUCAAAGAAGAUGCAGGGGAUAAUGACUGGUCAUGCAUAGAUAUAUUAUCAUCCCAUACAUCAACAGUUUGGAGUCUCGCAUGGAACAAGGAGGGCAAUCGAAUUGCAACCUGUAGUGAUGAUCAAACAGUGAAAAUAUGGCAAGAGUACAAACCUGAUAAUGAACCAGGAAUUGUUACACCCAACAAUAAAUCAGUUUGGAAAUGUGUGUGUACUAUAUCUGGUUAUCAUACAAGGACAAUUUAUGACAUUGAUUGGUGCAAAACAACUGGCUUGUUAGUGACUGCAUGUGGUGAUGACAUUAUUAGAAUAUUUAAAGAGGAUAGUGACUCUGAUCCUCAUCAGCCAAGUUUUACUAUGGUCUGUUCUAUGGACACUGCUCAUAUUCAAGAUGUAAAUUGUGUGCAAUGGCAUCCUACUGUUCCUGGACAACUUGCAUCAGCAAGUGAUGAUGGUUUAGUGAAAAUUUGGUUUUAUAACGAAUAAUUGUUGCUUUAUGUUAUUAUAAAUGUUCAGGCAUUUUAGUGGACUGAGGCAAACCUAUAAAGCUCUAAUUUCUGAUAUAACGCUCAAACAUAAUACAUUCUGUACUAUGAGUGGCAUAAAAGUGAAUGUUACUGGCGUGCCUUUAAAACAAGUUGUAGAUACGUUGAAGCAGUUUGCUGAUCUAUCACUUGCAGAUUCCUGGGAUAACGUAGGCUUACUUGUUGAACCUACGGAAACCAAACUUAUUU